AUGGCCACUGAGCGACCCCAACUCGACACCAAGGAAUCGCGCACCUCGCACGUCGAGGACUCCAAGGCGCCGGCCACGGCUGCCCCCGCCGAGACGGGCACACAGGACCUCGCGGCAACGUUCUACGCCGACUAUGCGGGCCAGCAGCGCGACAUUGGCCCCGAGGAGAACAAGCGCGUGUUGUGGAAGAUUGACCGAUACCUCAUGCCCAUCAUCUGCUACAUCUACUUUUGCCAGCAGCUCGACAAGUCGACCCUGUCAUUUGCCAGUGUUUAUGACCUGAAGCAGGCCGCGAACCUGAAGGGACAGCAGUAUGCGUGGCUCGGCUCGAUCGUCUACUUUGCGCAGCUCGUCUUCCAGCCUCUGUCCGUGUACGCGCUUGUCCGCUUCCCCGUCGACCUCUGGAUCUCGGGAUGCUUCCUGGCGUGGGGCGCGUGUCUGUGCAUCAUGACGGCCAUGACCAACUUUACCGGCCUGGCCAUCAUGCGCUUCUUCCUCGGCGGGUUCGAGGCGUCGAUCGCGCCGUCCAUGCUCAUCGUCGUGUCCAUGUGGUGGACGCGCCGCGAGCAACCGCUGCGCAACAACAUCUGGUACUCGACCAACGGCCUCGCAGCGAUCCUUGGCUCGCUCAUGUCCUGGGGCCUCGGACACACCAAGACGUCGCUGUACAAGUACCAGCUCAUCUUCCUCGUCCCGGGUAUCAUCUCCGUCGCCCUCGCCAUCCCCACGUUCUGGCUCUUCCCCCGCCACCCCGUCAAGGCGCGCUUCCUGACCGAGGACGACAAGUACGUCGCCCUCGAGCGCAUCCGCCUCAACAACACGGGCACGCAGAACACCGACUUCAAGUGGUCCCAGGUCCGCGAGUGCCUCGUCGACCCCAAGUCGUGGAUGUGGCUCCUGAUGAUCUUUACUGUUAGCGUCGUCUCGGGUGGCAUCACCACCUUUGGUCCUCUUAUCCUCAAGGGCUUUGGCCUCUCGACGUUCGACACGAUCCUGUACAACAUGAUUCCCGGCGGUAUCUCCAUCGUCUCGAACAUCACCACGGCCCUCAUCAUCCAGCACACAAAGUACAAGGCCCCGGUUGUUUUUGUCGCCUCGCUCUUCCCGCUCGCUGGCGCUGCCGCGCUCUUCACGCUCCCGCACACGACCGACCACAAGAGCAAGCUGCUCGCAGUCUACUUCAUCCUCCAGGUGUACCAGUGCAUCACGCCCAUCGUCUACUCGUGGUGCUUUGCCAACACGGCCGGCCACACCAAGAAGACGACCAUGACGGGCAUGUUGUAUGUGGGCCUGUGUGUCGGCAACAUUGUCGGCCCGCAGCUGUACAAGGCCAACCAGGCGCCAGAGUACAAGGAGGGCCUCGAGGCCAACCUCGUGUGCCUGUGCGCGCUGUCGGCGCUCAUCGUCGCCCAGGCCCUCUACCUCAAGUACCUGAACCGCCGCAACGUCAACCGCCGCCGCGCAAAGGGCAAGACGGGCCAGGUGCUCGACUACUCGCUCGAGGCGUCGAGCCGCUGGGCGGGCCUCCGCGCCGACCAGGCGGCCAAGGACGCGGCCGAGGGACACCAGGAGGAACACAACGCCCAGGCGUUCAUGGACCUCACGGAUCUGCAGAACGAGGACUUUAUCUAUUCUCUUUAGGGCGGUU